UCUCUCUCUCUCUCUCUCUCUCUUAACAUUAUAUAUCUAUCCCCUCGGCUCACUCAUUCCCCUCAUAUUAUCUAUAUCACCACUUGCCUCGCACACUUUCCAACCAUUUCUGCUUCCAAAUCUCUUCAGAUUUUUGUUUGGGGGACUUGGAGACUCCAGUGUCCUAGAUUUUUGGUUUGGGGGGCUUCAAGACUCAGCUCUGAAGAUGGAGGUGGUUAAUGUAAUGGAGUAUCAAGCCAUCGCCAAGAAGAAGUUGCCGAAGAUGGUGUACGACUAUUACGCAUCGGGUGCAGAGGACGAGUGGUCUCUCAGGGAAAACAGACAUGCUUUCUCCCGAAUUCUGUUCCGCCCUCGCAUACUCAUUGAUGUGUCGAACAUUGAAAUGACCACCACACUCUUGGGUUUCAAAAUUUCAAUGCCCAUUAUGAUUGCUCCCACUGCCAUGCAGAAAAUGGCUCAUCCUGAUGGAGAGUAUGCAACGGCAAGAGCAGCAUCAGCAGCUGGCACUAUUAUGACCCUGUCAUCAUGGGCUACCUCCAGCGUGGAAGAAGUUGCCUCUACUGGCCCAGGCAUUCGCUUUUUCCAGCUCUAUGUGUACAAGGAUAGGAAAGUUGUGGCUCAGCUCGUAAGGAGAGCUGAAAGGGCUGGGUUUAAGGCAAUUGCCCUCACAGUGGACACUCCUCGACUUGGUCGUAGGGAAGAUGACAUUAGGAACAGAUUUACUCUACCUCCAUAUCUUUCUUUGAAGAACUUUGAGGGGUUGGAUCUUGGCACGAUAGAUCAGACGGCAGAUUCAGGGUUGGCUUCAUACGUAGCUGGACAAAUUGACCGAUCUUUGAGUUGGAAGGAUGUGAAGUGGUUGCAGACAAUUACCGACUUACCAAUUUUAGUGAAGGGUGUUCUGACUGCUGAAGAUACAAGGAUAGCCAUCCAAAAUGGAGCAGCAGGUAUCAUUGUGUCAAAUCAUGGAGCUCGACAGUUAGAUUAUGUGCCAGCAACAAUCAUUGCUCUGGAAGAGGUUGCCAAAGCUGCGCAAGGUCGGGUACCUGUAUUUUUGGAUGGUGGUGUUCGCCGAGGAACAGAUGUCUUCAAAGCUCUGGCUUUAGGAGCCUCUGGCAUAUUUAUUGGAAGGCCAGUCCUCUUCUCCUUGGCUGCUGAAGGUGAGGCUGGGGUGCGGAAGGUGCUCCAAAUGCUUCGAGAUGAGUUCGAGCUGACCAUGGCUUUGAAUGGUUGCCGCUCACUGAAGGAAAUCACUCGCAACCAUAUAAUAACAGAGGCUGAUCAGCUUCGUAUGGGUUCCCGGUUGUAAAAGGACAGUGUCAUGAUCCCUCCAUGUGCACCACUGCACUGUGACUUAAAAGUGUGCCUUUACAUUCUAAUAAGUGAUAGCAGGUAAGUCAUGGUCAUAUACUACCGGGAUCCACAUUCUUUGGAAAAACUUUUGCAAGGAUAUGCUUCUGUCCUUGAAUACUCUGAAUCAUUAAGCAUUUGUAUUCGUAACCAUGGUGGAUGACACUUUCAUCUUUCAUGAAUUGGAAAUACCAAUACCUAUCCCUCUCUGAAUGGGCUAUCAUUACUCUAAACUAAUGAAUGGCAUAUAUCUUAUAAAUUUUAGUCAUAAAAUUAUUUAUAUUUCAA